AUGGGAACUCUUAGCUACGAUAAACUGCUAGUCGUUAUCAAGCAACUUAGGUCACGCAAAAGAUAUAAAAACACCCUCGAGGUAUCAUUUUGGAUGUCUGAGAAAGGAUACUCUAAACCUGGAUCUGCAGAUUUUAGUUUAAGACUGAACUUGAUUGCAAAGGCCAAGGAAAUAGAAGAAGCUAAAUCUUAUUUUGAUAGCAUUCCGAAAUACUCAAGAGCUGUAGAAUGUUACAGCUCUCAUCGUAAUUGCUAUGCUCAAGUUAGGGAUGUGGAUAAAGAUGAAAGGAUCAUACUGCAGAUGAAACAUUUGGGUUUCGCAAAGUCUACUUUGGCAAGAAAUACUUUGCUUAAUCUCUACUAUCAAACACAAAACUUUGACAAAGUGGAAAAUUUGUUGCUUGAAAUGAAGGAAGAGGGUAUUCAAUUCAAUAGAUUUACAUUUGUCACCUUGAUUAACACAUAUGCGGCCAAAUCUGAUAUAGAGGGAAUCGGCAAACUUCUUGCACAGUUAGAAGAUGAUCCAUCGUAUUCCCAACAUGCGGAUUGGUGGAGUGUUUAUUUUGUGGCAGCCAAUUGUUAUGGAAAACUCGGGCUUCGUGAUAAAGCUUUUAACGUUUUAAAGAAAUCAGAGGAGCGCCUGAGUUCUACAAUCUGGAAAGAGGCAUUUUCCUUACCUUGUGACUUAAUAUGCAGCAAUAGGAAAGAAAGAAGAAGUGAUGAGGUUGUGGAAUAUUUAUAA